CCUUGAAAAUUUUAACAUUGAUGCUGCGCAGAAAAUACUGUUUGGCGUGUUGAGUGCACCGAGAAAUGUAAAACACUUACUGCUUGGCGUGUUUAUCGCAUAUUACAACACAAAUCUUUCAAACGAAGGGUGACAGGGUUUAUUUCGUGUUAUUUGUAGCUGCCGUGCUUUCCUUGCAAGAACUUCAAAGCCCGCCAUCGCUGAGACCGCACUAAGUAUUUGUUGUCGCCACAGAGGUCUACUGCUUGACUGUGUCAUAGCUGUUAAAGCUCGAAUGUGAAGCAGCUGAAUUGUCAAACUAGGCGACUUAGCGAUGUCCUGCAAGAAUGCCAUGCUGGCAGGGUUGCUGUCACUUCUUGGGUUACAGGAGCGUGAACCAGAGGACCCACUAAUUCACACAAUCAAGCUUGGCAUUUUGAACCUUCAGAGGCAAGAUUUUAAUAAGGCCGAGUCAAUGCUUCAUAUCGCUCUCAAGAUGGCUCAAGAGCGGGAAGAUCACCAGGCCGAGACCUACAUUUUUGAUGUCCUGGCUAAUGUAGCAUUUGAGAAGGGCGACUAUGAUAAGGCUGAGAAGCUCUUCGUGGAUGUCAUCAUGCGGUCUAUUGCUGCUGGGAUGCCACGUGAUGACAAUGCCAUUGUAGAGAUCUCGCUCAAGCUUGCCGAGAUUUAUGAUCACCGUAAAUACACAAAGAAGGCUGAGCAGGGAUAUCGUUUUUGCAUCGAUACUCAAGAAAAAAAGUUGGAAAAAAAGGAUUACUUAGCCUGCCUUUCUGAGUUAAGUGAUGUUGAAAGGGAUACUUUGGUGCUUUGGGCACGAAGCACAGAGGCCUUUGGACGGCAUCAGCUGGAGCAGGGGCGAAUCUUAGAAGCACAGAAAUGCUUUGAGGAUGCACUUACGGUCUCAAAGAAGGUUAAUGGCAUGGGUCAUGAAGUUACUCUUUCAUUGUUGAAUGAUGUUGGCACUGUGGCUUCAAUGCUGCAUGACUAUGACAGAGCACUGAAAUUGCUCAAUGAAGCGAUUGCAGUGGGUCGUGAAAUUAAGUCGGGCAAUCUGGCCGUGUUCUACUGCAACUUGGGUGGUGUGUUAAUGGAGGAAGGCCGGAGCUAUGCAGAAGCAGAACAUGCAUGCCGUGAAGCCCUAAAGCUGGCCAACAAAACAAACAACAGUGAAGCUGCAGCUAGGUCUCGUGAAUGCCUGGAGGAGCUAAAGAAGCGUGCUCCCAGAGCAGUGUUUGUGAGGUGAUCAAUGACGCUUUGCUGCAUUCCACUGAUGCAAAGUGUUUUUUUUUGUGCUCUUGGCUGACUUCUUUGGUUGCAGCAUAUUGAUAUCAAUUGCAGUGUCAUGCAGUUAUGCUUGCACAUUUAUGUUGCCAUUUUGCUGAUGGCAGAAGCCAUAAUACAGCAUCUAGUCAUAAACAUGUAUCCAUCGAGCUACAAUGGCGGCUCGCAAGAAUAGCAUUUGUCUCAACUGUGGUACAGCUCUGUCCAGUUAAGCAUGUUUGCUUGUGGCCAAGAAGCAUCCUUCUAUGUUCCUAGCCUGCACUGCCUUCUCUGGUCUUUAGAAGCCUGCGCCUGGUGUAGGCACUGUGCACAACUGAGGGGAAUUGAUUGUGUGUAGAUAUAUUUCCUUACUGAAAGCUCCUAGCUGAUAAUUCUACUGGGGUUAAAAUGUGAUGCUUGAUACAUGUGAACGUUCUUCCACUUUGUUCCGAGGGAUUUUUUUCAUUGAGCACUGCUACCUAUGUGUUGUAAACAUUUGAAGUGAGCAUAAUGUACAUUGCACUGUUGUUGUCAUUAGUUAUCUCUCUCCGACUCUGUGUGACAAGUGUGGGAGCAUAAACAUUGUUAAGCAAUAAAGUUAGAAGCAUUGUCCAAUGUUAUCAUAGCAGUUACUUGCGUGCUGGUGGAACAAAAGUAUCAAAAGUGAUUUUUCAAGCUGUGUUUUGGUGGAAUGCUAUUAGUACAUCAGCAACAAAAAAUAAAAAAAUGUGCAAAUGCUGUGCUAUAAUUUUUUUUGUAAAUGCAUAUGUAUGCAUCAAUCAUAGUAAUGUUACACAUGGUAUAAAAACUUAAUUUAUAUAGCUGAAAGCAGUUGCAGAGUGACAGUGCUUCAUUAGCAUUUUAACAGGAUGUUACUCUACAAAAUCUGCAUAAAAAUUGAGAAAGUGCUUGUGUUAUUACUCAAAGAGGGUGUCUUGCACAAACUAGAAAUAACAUACUCUACAUUGUAUAGUAACUUGCUGGCUGCUGAAGGAUAGCCGGUGUUAUUUUCAUAUGCUAUGAGUAAAGUUCACUGCUAAAUGCUGUUUCAGCUUGAAAUGUUAACCCGAUUCCUGACUUUCUGGUGCAAUCAUAGAGUUUGUGCUGGCCGGUGUGUAACAGAAGCAAUCAGUACAAUACACAAGGCAGGCUUGAAAGCUUAAAACAUGUACAGUACCUUCUGCCCGUUUUUUUUACCCGCACUCUCGAUCAUCAUUUGUUCUUGCUAUUUCUGUAGAGACAAAUAUGUCAAGGGCAUUAAAAACCCAAAAUAACUAUCUCCUUUUUUUUGUUCAUAGUAUUAUCUUCAUUUUUCGUAGUACACAGAGAUGAGCCAUGUAAAAUGAGUGCUGUUUUUUUCCCCAAAAAAAGCUGGGUAGCUACUUUCUUGGCGUGUUAGGUUCAGAAUUGUGUGAUGAAGAUUUAUUCUAAGAAUUGCUGCAAGUUAAAUUUACCUGAAUGUAGCUUUUACACGUGUUUACUGAGGUGCAAACCUUCAUUAGUGUAACAUCAAUUUUUUAAUAUGUAUAAAGAAAAACAUUGCCACUUGCUGUUGAAAUAAAUUGCAGAUAUUGAAUACCAUGUCGUUACUGCUAAUUUUGGAUCAGUAGUGUACAUCACUUUUUAAUUUUGUGUUGCAGCACUUCACACCAUUUUAGUCUUGUAUGUUUUUGUCACACUGCUCUGAUUUGUUAAUAGGCAUUGGCCAAAUUCAGCAUGAAUAUGCUGAAUUUGGCUGGUCUAUUUGCUGAAUCAUGCUGAAUCAUGCUGGCUGGUCUAUUUGAUGGCAUGUAUCUUUCAGAAUUGUUUUCCAAGGCAGUGUUCUAAUUAUUAGACAACACGUAGACAGUCUACACAGGCAGCUUAGUAGACAGCAUGAAAGACAGCACCGAGCUCAUGCUGUCCGAGAAAU